CAAAGCUGAGAAAUGAGCGCUUGAGGAAGAGCCUUCACAAGAAAAGGGCUGGAAUUGAAAAAGCUUUAUUAAUUGUAUUGUUCAGACUCUUAGUUCAUAAUGUAGCCGUGUGGUUAUUUUAUAAAAAUCCAUUUUAAACGUCUUGCGUUUCGGAUAAACACAACAGUACCAAUGAAGCGUCCUAGCGUGCGAAUGGCGACUAGCCACCUGCUUCUCGGUUAAACAUUUAUCGCUUGUCAUCGUCAAUCACGCGAAAAAAAAACCCCCCAGAUAUUUCUGUAAUUAGCAUCAGAUUUAAUUUUUACUAAAAAACGUGAAUCAGUUUGUUUCAAAAUGCCAGCCUCGAAUGUCCAAGAUUCUCACUCAAACCUCCGAAGUUCACGCGAGAAGAUGCCAGCAGGAUUCAAAACAAAAGUGGUGGCACCCCGAAAUCCCAAACUGGUAAAACGGGAAGCAAAUUCUGAGCUGAUUCCAUCUGUAUAUGCUCGAGAAAUGUGCCAGACUACAGAAGAACGAUUAUCAAACACUUACGAGAUGCAUCCGCCCCGUAUCCUGGAGCUUUUAGAUAUGAGUGAGACCACACAUCACAAGGAUUACAUCCACAGACUCAUCUGUGUGACUGAACGUGAGAAGUUUGAAGUUCCUAUUCGUGCAAUUGGGCCGCGUGCCAUCUUGGACUUCCCAGAUAGUCUGCAUUUCCAAGGUUGUCCGGUUAAGUGCUUGUCCCAGAGUACUCUGCUUGUGCGGAACAUAGGAAAUUGUGAGGCUAAAUUCCAGCUCAGCACGUGUAGCCCAUUUUCCGUAGAACCAUCCAUAGGAACUCUUGAUGUUGGUCAAAGCAUGCAAGUUACCGUUGAGUUCUUGCCUAAAACCACAGGGGAUCACAGCCAGGAUUACAUCCACAGACUCAUCUGUGUGACUGAACGUGAGAAGUUUGAAGUUCCUAUUCGUGCAAUUGGGCCGCGUGCCAUCUUGGACUUCCCAGAUAGUCUGCAUUUCCAAGGUUGUCCGGUUAAGUGCUUGUCCCAGAGUACUCUGCUUGUGCGGAACAUAGGAAAUUGUGAGGCUAAAUUCCAGCUCAGCACGUGUAGCCCAUUUUCCGUAGAACCAUCCAUAGGAACUCUUGAUGUUGGUCAAAGCAUGCAAGUUACCGUUGAGUUCUUGCCUAAAACCACAGGGGAUCACAGCCAGGUUUUGCUGCUGCACUACCAUUCAGGAGAAGACAUCCAAAUCAGCCUCUAUGGAGAGUCUGCAGAUAUAAAUGUUGGAUUGGACAAGAACAAUGUGAUGGUGGAGAAAACCUACAUCUCCUUGGCUAGCUACGAGAAAGUGGCAAUAAUGAACAAGAGUGAUUCUAUUGUGCAUUACCAGUGGAAAAAAUUUGCCACUGAGAAUGAAGAGGAACGGGACAAAUUAAGGCUUUCUUCAGAGCUGCAUCAAGAAGAUGAUGAAAUGGAGCAGUUUCUGACAGAAAACACUGAUCCUUCUUUGCGAGCUCGUCUUUCACUGUUUUCCCAUACGCUCCAGGAGGGACUGAUGCAAACUCAGCAGCAGCUUUUGUCUUUGAAUGACCAGGACAUCAUCAUGAGGCCCCUGAAGGGAGAAAUCUGGCCCAACAGCACUGCAGAGGUGAACAUCAUCUUCAAACCACAGGAAGUCGGGAUCUACCAACAGACUGUUUACUGUGAAAUCACUGGUCGUGAAUCUCGGUUGCCACUCUGCAUACAGGCAGAGGGUGUAGGCCCAAAAUUGCAGUUCAACUUUUACUUUCUAGACAUGGGAAACAUUGUCAUUGGCUCAAAACAGAGCUAUAAGCUGCUUCUGACUAACAAGGGACUGAUAAAGGGUGCUUAUAAACUAGUGAAGCCCAGUACAGUGUUGGGUCUUUGCUUUUCCUUCAACCCUUCUGAAGGCGUGAUCCCACCCGGAGCCUGCCAAACACUGGAGGUCCACUUCUCUUCUGACAAACUGGGUGUCUUCUCUGAGGAGUUACACUUCAGUGUGGUGGGAAACACUGAGCCUGUAAUUGUCACUUUCAGGGGGUGUUUAAUUGGGCCUACAUUCCACUUCAGCGUCCCAGAGCUCAACUUUGGGGAGGUGUCCUUUGGGUUUCCACAAAUGCUGACAUGUCGCCUCAGCAACACUUCAGUGGUGCCCAUGAGCUUUGGACUGCGGAUCCCCGGAGAUGGUACGGGACAGGCAAGCAUUACCAGCACGGACCAGGUCGCUCAGCUGAAUAGAAGUGAAUGGGGACCGGGAGACAAAACCGAAAGGAGACCGAAAGAGUUUAUCUUAUCACCCAGCUCAGGCACAGUUCGUGCUAUGUCUGAGAUUGAUAUCCAGUUAACCUUUUGCUCCAACACGGUGCAAGACUACACUAUGGCUUUAGUGCUGGAUGUUCAAAGUGUUGGAGAGGAAGUUUUGGCUCUCCCAAUCAAAGCUAGGUGUGUUGUGCCAGAUGUGGUCCUCAAGAACCCGGUUCUUCAGUUCCAGGACUGUUUCCUGGGUCGUCCCUAUGAGCAAUCAGUUGAGCUCAUCAAUGAUAGUGAUCUUCCUGCUUGCUAUGGACUUCUGCCUCAGCCAUAUGAGGAGAACCCCGCUCUUCUUUAUUCAAGUCCUCAUGCACGAGGGGUCAUCCAGCCCUACAGCACAGAACAGAUUCCAUUAGUUCUACAGGCCAAGACAGUGGGCAGCCUGCAGGAAACGGCUCACAUUGCUAUACUAGGUCGCCAAGACCCACCGUUGGAGCUCCUGCUCUCCUGUGUUGGCCAGGGACCUUCUGUCUCUGUCACGGCUGCCAAGCUGAACUUUGGCUGCAUUCCCGUGCUGACUGAUGUCACAAGGACUUUGCAGCUGUCAAACGACUCCCCGAUCCCAGCCAGAUUCUUUGCUCAAAUGGUGAAGAACAGGUCUCACUGGUGUGUGGAUCCCCCUGAAGGGGAAAUUCUUCCAGAGCAGAGUUUGGAAUUGAAGUUGAUAGCCCACCUGAAUGACACCUUGCCCUUCCAGGAUGAGCUUUUACUAGAAAUCCAGGAUGGACAGACCUUUAACAUUCCUGUGUGGGCCAAAGGAAAGGGCACCACCAUAGUCACUGACCGGCCAUUUGCUCCUAACCUGGAUUUGGGAACUCACUUCAGUUCCGUCCCAUGUCAGUACGCCUUCAGAAUCACCAAUCGAGGACGUCGCACUCACCAAAUAUUAUGGACCACAGAGGGGUUUCCACAGCUUCCUAAUAGAGAACUUCUGUCACCUAACAAGUCUAGGAACAAGAAAAGCAAGAGUCUAACUUCAGUUCAAGAAGGCCCACUUUUACGCUUAUCCCCUGCACGUUUAUCACUUGCUCCUGGCCAUUCAGCUGAUAUGCUGCUUGAGGGCUCCUCUGACGUUCCCAAGGUGGUUACAGAGAAACUGUUAUGCUAUGCUGUUGUCGGGCGUCAGUAUGUGAGAGAGUGCAUCAUGUCUGCAGACGUCACAUGCCAAUUUGUCUCCCCAGCAGUAGACAUCUCCUCACAACAAAUCAAUUUCUAUGUGGAAAAGGCUCCAGAUGUGUCUCUGCUUCCAUUGUAUCAGAGGCUGGUACUGAAGAGCUUGUCCUCCUUAAACCUCUCCAUGGAACUGACCCUGCGUGAGCCUUUUGGAUUGUGUGAUUAUGACGGGGAUGAACUGUAUACAACCUCAAAGAGUCUGGUGCUGGCUGUCGGAGCUCAAAAAGAGCUAUGGGUGCGUUUCAACCCCAUGUAUCGACAGGACCAUGUCACCCGUAUGGUUGAGGAUGUGCUGGAGUUCUGCUACCACAGCCACCCUCAGCAGGACAGGGUAGUGCUGAGGAGUGAGGUCCACUUCCCUAAUCUCGUGUUCUCAAGCACCACAUUGGACUUUGGCUGCAUUCUCAACAACACAAAAUCCCGCCGCAAGCUCACCAUGACCAACUGCAGCCCACUCUCUAUUUCCUACCGAUGGGCCUUCCUUGUAGAUCGACAGCAUUGCCAUAUAGGGUUUUUUGAUGAGACCAGUCAAGGGACUGACGGAGACGCUGGGGGGAAAAGAAAGGAGAGCGGGGAGGCGCAGUGGGAGCUGUUAGAGCAGAAAGAAGCUGACGGCAAGACGGACACAAACAGGGAGGCUGACAUAAUCAUACCUCAAUUGGAAGAGGAUGAAUUGCAUCACGGAAGCUCCAACGGACAGGAGCAGAAUAGGAACUACUCGACACAAAGGCCAUUGAGCACAGAGCUGGGAAGCAAACCUAUCAGUCUCACAGCCACUGAGCAUCCGAGUGUAGGUGUGAAAGAGGUGUUUGAUAUCUCAUCACUGUAUGGGGAACUACAGCCUGGUGACACCAAGCUGGUGACCUUCUCGUUUCUCGGCCACGCUGACAUCAGCACGCAUGUGUUGGCAUUGUGUGAGGUGGAAGGAGGGCCCACCUAUGAGAUCACACUCAAGGGUCAGGCUUCCUUUGUUUCAUAUAUGCUGGACACAAACGUCAUUGACUAUGGUUUACAGUUGUUUGACCAUGUGGCGGAAGCAGAGAUCACUCUGAAAAACACAGGGAAAGUUGGCUUUGAUUUCUCUACUCUAACUGGAGAACAAGGACUCUUUGCAGAGCAACCCUUGCCUGGUCAGCCUCUCAUCGUCCCCAGCAAGGGUCACCUAGAGCCGUAUGCAGAAAUCAGGCUCAGUGUAUAUUACCUCCCAGGGAUCCCAGAAGUCUUUCACAAGACCUUUCAGUUGCAAGUGGCCUUCUAUGAGGCCGAGAACAUUACUGUAAGAGGAGAGGGUAUUUUCCCUCGACUAUGUCUGGACCUGCCUAGAGACCUGAAUGAGGAGAUAUAUGGUUCUUUGCUAAAGGAGGCAAAAGACUCGGUGGCAAAUGAAAACUCAAGGGAGGGGGUGUUGAGCAGGCUGGUCACAGUAAAGGAGGAGAUGCCACCAGAAGAAGACUACAUUCCUACUUAUGAUGCCCUGCUGCAGAUGGAGUUAGAACGACUCCUUGUAAAGGAAAAUGCCAUGGCUGUACAGAAACAACACCAACACGCAGAUCAAAGAGGAUCUGGGUCCACUAACAACUGGCUCAAGAAGCUGUGCAAGUUAAGCUUGCCUGAGUACACACUGGACUUUGGCUAUGUCAACAAUGGCAGCAUCGUGACCCACAUUGUCAAAAUAACCAACACUUGUCCAGUUGCUGUAUCUUUCAGAGCUGACAGGAGCUCACUGGCAGGCACAGGGUUUAGUACAGAAUUGGACAGGGUGCAGAAUUUGCCCUUCUGCGAGACAGAGACGUUUGAGUUGAAGUUUGAUGCCUGUGGGGCCAAUCUGGGAAAGAUCGAUGCAGUUAUGCCCAUACAGGUGACUAAGGGGCCCCAAGUACAGGUGCGUUUAUGCGCGGAGGUCACAAUGCCAUCUCUCACAGUGUCAACAGACACACUGCAGUUUGACACCAUCCAGUCCGGCCUGUGUCAGGUAAUCACAGUCCAGCUGCACAAUGAUGGGCCAGUGCCCUGUGAGUGGAGCAUCAGACAGGAGGAACGACCAAAGAAGAUUGACAAGCACAUCCCACUGUACCUCAGAAGACAGGCUCAGCUGAAACAGCGGCCUCCUCCAGUUGUCUUUGAGUUAUUGCCCUCAGAUGGCACACUCUAUCCUGGUGACAGAACCAACGUGCAGGUCAAAUUCAGCCCAGCAGAGGGGAGGGCGUACAUUCAGAGACUAGUGAUAACAGUGGCUCAGAGCACUCAGAAGAUCCUGCUGCUGGCCCAAGGUCAGGGAGAAGAGCCUCAGCUGGAGUUUUCCUCCUUAGAACAAGAUUUUGGGUCCAUCCUGCCCUACUGGGAAGGGAAGGUGGCCGAGGUGGUUGUCCGCAACCCUUACCCCUUCCCUAUAGAGUUUUACUCUCUGGACUUCGACAAGCAGUACCUAGAAGAGGAAGAGAUCUUGCGAAUGUUAAAAGGAUACGAUGCCCAAAAUGUGUUACUUCUACCUCCCCGUGCUCCUGGCGAGACUCUGCCCCCAGAACUGUUGGACUUCUACAACGAGCAGAGCUCGCAGGAACCCAAGCAGGAUUCCGUGGAGGGUCUUGAAGAUGAAGACAAGGGGGAGACAGCUGCACUAUCUGAGGGUGAAACACUCAGUGGUAAAGGUAUGGCUAAAGACAACAUCAGUGCUGGCACUGCAGUGGGGGAUCUGGAAUAUGACCCUGUGUCUAGAGUUGUUGCUCAUCAUAUGGGCAUUGAUCUUUCACCAGAAGGCAAGGCUGCCCUAAAUCGCCGGGGCAUUGCCAUUGUUGUUCAUGGUGCCCCUCUGUCAGGUAAAACAAGGACAGCAAUUACACUGGCUAAGCACUAUGGGGCAGCGUGUCUCAGUGUAGAUGAGGUGGUGCAGGAAGCUGUGGCAUCAGGGAACAGCUCUGCAGCCCUGAGGGCAAGGGAACAAUGUGCCAAGGUUGCUGUGGUGCAUGCUCAGAAGGAAGUGGAUGAGGCAGCAGCAGAUAUGAUGGCCACUGUUGGUCAGGGUGCUGGUGUUCUUAGUGUUGAGGCAGUUGCCAAACACACAGCUGAAGGCAGCCUGACCAGUGAUCCUAAAGUCCCCCUGUCAUCUGCCUCAACCCGAAAUAAAACAAACAUCACAGGGCAUUCACAGAAGAAUAACAGCUCCGGUCGCACUGCUUCACUGACAGAUGGUCAGGUACACAGGCGUCUGAGUGUGAGUGCCAGUCAAAAUGAAGAGCUGGGGCUGAUUAGCUGCCUACUGCCUGAUGAUGUGUUAGUAGAGAUCCUGUCAGAGAGACUGCAGCUUAGUGACUGUCACUGUGGUGUUGUGAUUGACGGAUUGGAGACACUGUACUGCCACUCGCCAAGUAAAACGCUCCAGAUCAUCCUGAAAGCCUUCGACAACCGUCGCCAUAUUUAUGUUAUCAACCUGUUUAACAGCUACAGUGCCUUCAAGCUAAGAGAACAGGACAAGUUUGACCAAGAACAAGAAGAGAGAAGACAACAGGAGCUUGAGAAUUUAAGAGAAGAGGAGAUGACACCUAGUGAGGACUGGGAUACAAAACCAAAACAUGAAGACCCCCUGCCACUUUCUGAGGACCUACAACAAGAGAUGUCCAGUGAGAGUGACAGACAGCUACUGGGCCGAUUCCAUCUGUACGAACAGAGUCAGCCAGAACUCCAACACAUUCUUCAGUUCUGGGACCGAACACAGAGUCUCAUAUUGCAGCCCAUGGCCUCCGAAGCCCAAGAGACUGUAGACAUAACGAACUGUCCUCCUCCCUCUGCCAAGAAGAGCAAGAAGGAACGAGAGAAGGAAAAAGCUGAGAAGGAAAAGCUAAAAGUGGAGGCUGCAGAUAUGAAGUCACCAGCUCCCAGUCAGACCCAAGUGUCAACUGAUGGUGCCGAGGGCUCGGAAAAGAUAGCGGUUCCACAGCCUAUCCCCUACAUCUGGCUGUCUAUAAAAGAGAAGGAACAACUGGAUGGAUUCGAGAUCAUCAGUAGCAUGAAACUACCCUCCCAUGAGGAGGUUUUGGAUGGGUUAGGGUUAGGACCUAAAGGUCCACCCAUCCCACCACCUAUAAUAUUCUCCAUAGUCCCAUACCCUAAGAUGAGAUCAGUUCCCAACACACAGCUCUCCAACAGCUGUUUUACUUUUUUGAUGCCCACGUCUUGUGAGGAUCUGCCAGAGAAGAAAGAAGCAGACCUGAGAUCAGAAAUCGUUAAGGAGGGCAUAACGAUUACUGGCCAGGGUGUACCUUCUGAGGAACCCAACCCAGAAUACAACCAUGGACUCACUAGUUUCCGCUGGAUUGUACCAUCAAAUGGAGCCAUCACUCUAAGGAUCAGGUUUUACUCUUCUGUUCUUGGAAAUUUUGAUCAGACUUUCAACUUUGAGGUGAUGGGGACUAAGCGAUGUUAUCAGCUAUACUGUAGAGGAAUUUGUGCUUACCCAACUAUAAGCAGAGACCCCAAGAUUGUGUUUGCACACUGCAAAAAGAGUCUGCGGCCUGAGAGUGGACUUCAAAAGACUUACAUUAUCCAGUCAGGCCUGUAUGAGUUUGGACCUCUGCUAUGUGGAAAGACCAGGGACAGGUAUAAAGAAGCAAAAUAUCCUGAGAACAUGGAAAAGUUUGUAAUUCACAAUACUUCUAAAAUGGAGGCAGAGAUCCAUUUUUGCUUUCAACAUGACACCAAGGCCACCACUUUCCUUCUUGACCCUCCAAAUAUGGCACUGGAAGCCAAUGAGCGAAAACUACUGAUGGUGUGGGCAUACCCAAAUACCCCCAAACAUAUAGAGGACAGCUUGGUGUGCUGCAUCAAGGGGAACCCAGAGCCUGUUGUCUUCCGCCUCUCCUGUAUAGGAGUCAGGCCUGAACUGGAGCUGGACCGCAAACUGCUCCAGUUUGACAAAACUCCACCAUACAGAAAAGAAACCCAGAGUUUAUGUCUGCUCAAUAACACCCUUAUGCCAGCUGCUUGGAGGCUGAGGGGCCUGGAGAUUCUUGGGGAUGAAUUCAGCGUGUCUCAGAACAAAGGCAUCAUAAUGCCUCAUUCUGACUUCAGGCUGCACAUGUAUUUUAUAGCCAAGAACCCUGUCAAACUGAAGAGGGCCAUUUGUUUAGAGGUGUCAGAUGUGGAGAACAUUCUUGGCAUCGUUCAACAUUCAGAGAACAUUCAGAUUAUUGCAGAGGCCUAUGAUAUUGCAGUGGACAUAACCAUUCCAGAAGAUUCUGAUGGUUCAGUAGACUUUGGAACAAUCAAAGUAUCAGACGAGGUCAAACGGUCUAUUAAGCUGGAAAACAAAGGCAAAUAUGACAUAGCCUUUAAGUUUACUCUAGUGGCCACAGAGCCAGGAAUGCCAGAUCUGAACUCAGUGUUCUCCAUCACUCCUCAGAAAGGCUCAUUACGCCCCAACAAUAAGCCCAGUACUGUCCAGAUUAUUUAUCACCACAACCAGGAGAUGUCCAUCAGAGAUAGCCCAAUCCUUUGCUGUCAGGUUAUUGAGCCCAGUUUGGAUGGUGGCGAGACCAUUAACACUAUACCAAUCAAAGUGUCCAUCCAAGCACUUUUCUCCAAAUACAGUAUCAAUCCUUCUAAUGAUAUCAACUUUGGCCCACUGGUGUAUGGCUCUCGCAAGAAACAGACUCUCACUGUGGAGAACAGAGGCAGCUUUGAGAUGCGUUUCACCAUUAGGAUGUGUAAAAACGCCCCAGUUCCUGCACAGAGGAGAGGCUUGGGAAGUAAGAAGCCAUCAAAAGACAGUUAUACUACAAAACCACCCAGUGCCAGUGAAUUACGACACACUGUGCAGAAUGAGACUGGCAUAUCAACACAGAUACAUUUGACAUGUGGUAUUUUUUCAUUGUCUCCGUGCUUUGGGGUUCUGGUACCUGGAGCCCAACAAGUGGUUACUGUGGAUUGCAAGGCAGAGCAUGUAGGUAGUUGGGAGGAAUGUCUAGCUAUAGACAUCACUGACAGAGACCCCUCUGACAACCCUGAUGGGAUUCCAUACAAGCUAAUAGCAGAAGUUUGUAUGCCAGGAAUAGCGAGUACAGACAUUGCUUCUAUCUUUGAGGAGCACCGUAUCUGUAAGAACAGUAGCAUGCUACAGUGUGAGCAAUACCGGGACAGUAUGGGCAUCUAUGUACAGGACGAGAACAAGUUUGUCUUCAACAAUGUACUGGUGGGUCAGUCAGCCAAAGCCCAGUUCCGGCUGACCAAUCCAGGAAAAGUGUCCUGUGAACUCAGCCUGGUGAUCAAAACAGUCAAGGUGUGUUUGUGAGAAACGACAACGCACAAUGCAGAGGUUUUUGAGGUGACCCUUACAAAGUUGUGUAUCCCCAGCCACUCUCAUGCUUUUGCCACAAUCACCUUUUCUCCUUUAACUAUGCACACAUAUCAUGCAGUGUUUGAGGCACUUCUGAAAGGGAGCGCAAGUCAAGCUUCUGCCACCAAACCCAAAGCUCUGGUGUUUGAUCUAAUGGGUGAAGGCAAUUUGCCCUGCAUCACAGUUCUGAGACCUAUUCAGAGGACUAAUCGAGGUCAGCCAGUGCUGCAGUUUAAGCGCUUAUUGGUGGGACGAAGGCAGACUCUUCCAUUAGUGAUCAAGAACAAUGGCAAUGUGCCUGCACAAGUUAGCAUUGUACUACAGUGUCACCUGGACGUUUUCACUCUAAAAGCUGCUCCUGGCACUGUUUGCAGACUGGCCUCCUCACAAAUAGAAUGCAAUCCCAGAGAAGAGACACAACUAGUACAUGUAGCCUCUCUGAUCCUCAUGGCUGGACAACAAGCAGAAUUCCAGGUCGGGUUUCAUCCAAAGGUGGCUCAGAAGUUUGAGGCCUGCUUGAAGUUAAUGGUAAAGGAUAACCAGUAUGAUCAGACAGUGGUGCAGCUUGUGGGUGAGGGUUACCAUGACAUCAUCAUCCUGGACAACAUUGGCAGCAAAGUUCAGCAGGACAGCAUUGAAAGUAUGUCUGACCUUCUGAAUUUUGGAGACUGUCACGUGGGCCGCACUUACCAAGAAACUUUCACCAUGACAAACCCAAGCAGCUCCAAGGUGCUGCGCUUUGAAUGGCUUCCCAGUGGCCCACAGCUGAGCUUUUCUCCACAAGUUGGUCACUUGCAUGCUGAUUGCUCCAAAGUUGUGACAGUGAACUUCUACUCAGAGGAGCCCAUUGUGCUGAACGUUCAAACAAUAAAAUGUAAACUCAGCGGUAUUACCUUUCAGCAGCCUGUAGACCAGGUCCCAGACUGGGAUGACUGUCAUAGGACUGUUAAAUGGAUGGAUGUAGAAAAGUCGCCACAACAACCAGCCAAACGGAAGGUAGUAGCGACAGACCCGGAGCCUCCUCACUCUGUGGUGGAGAACUCCUCAAGAGAGAUGGAGCUGAUAGUUAGUGCCACAUGUGAUUACGCCAAAUACCAAUGUGAUACUGGACCCAUCCGUUUCAAAGACACAAUGCUGUACCAGACCAGAGUCUUUCACCUCCAGAUGGAGAACAAAGGCAGUGUUAAGCUGGAGUAUUCCUGGCAGGUUCUGAUGGAGACAUAUGGAAAGACUGCAUGCUUUGAACAUGGAGGUAGGACUUCCCGCUCGGCUCAAGGGAGUAGGACACCAGAAAGACCAGCGAGCUCUCUGCAGAGUGUGUCCUCUCUACUGCUAGGAGACCCAGAACUUCCUCCCUUCAGUGUUGAAUCCGACGUAGGGUUUAUCAGCCCCGGAGCGAGUCAAACUUUCCACAUCCGGUUCUCCCCUCUGGAAGUGGCUGAGUUUAAGGCCAGUUUGAUCUGCAGCAUCACUAAUCUGAAGGAUCAGCAGAGUCCAGUGAUCACCGUAAGUGGUCGCAGUUUGCUGCCAUACUGUCAUUUCCACCUAAAGGAUUCAGACUACCUCACUGGAAACAGGCGGAACCCUGAGCCCCACAGUCCCCUCACUGUGGACCCCAAUACCAGGGUUAUAGAGUUCACCUCAGUGGGUAUUGGCACGUCUGUCCGCAGGGAAUUUGGUGUUAUUAAUCCCACAAACAAGCCAUACUCUUUCAUCUGGAGAUGUGAGGACUUGGGCAAAUCUUCUUUCAGCUGCCUUACACCAAACGAGUCCAUUCAGCCAGGGAAAGAAGUGAAGGUCUCAUUUGAGUACCAGGUUCUCAACCUAGAUUUAGUGGAAUCCUUCUGGACCUUCUUAAUCCCUGAGCACAACUUGUCUUUGCCCUUUCUGCUGGUGGGCACUGCUAAUGAGCCUGUUGUCUAUAUUGAUCGAGCCCACCUCAAUCUGGGCAGUUUGCUACUAGGUUUUGAAGCUCAUCAGACUGUGUUUGUGGUGAACAGAGAAGAUCAACCAUUCCAUUUUAUGGUCCAAGAGUCUUCGUGCCACUCUGAGGGCUACCAGGACAGCUUGGUGCUAGAGCCUAUGGAGGGAACAGUUCCACCUAAAGAUAAUAUCCCAUUGGUCAUAUGGAUCACUCCCACUCGGGAGGGAGAUGUGGCUUUUAAUCUAGUAGUGACAGUACGGAGGAAGCUCCAGCCGCUGACCAUGAACGUGAAGGGAGAGUGUUACAGUAUGAAUGCUCAUGUGCGAUAUGAGAGCCCCGAGGGAUCCAUCACAGAGCUCUCAUCAAACCAGAUCCAUCCUGUGGACUUCAAACAGGUGGAGCUAAACGAUAAAUCCACAUGCACAUUUGUGGUCUCUAAUCCUGGGAAAUUCAGUUUAGAUGUUGAGUAUGACCUGUCUGGGCCGACAGUGCUGCAGCCCCACCUGCAGGUGGAACCUAAAUUGGACACAGUGGCUGUAGGUGGACAGAGUUCCUGCAUCUUGACCUUUUGCCCUCAGCGGAGAUGUGUGCUCAAAGAUCUGACUUUUUCUGUUAAGGUAAAGAAUGGGCCGAUAUUCUGUUGUGCACUAAAGGGCUCAGCUGUGGCUCCAGAUCUGGAAUUUUCUUUCCUAAAGCACAACUUUGGAAGGCAUUUCAUAUAUUGUGUUGGUAUGGUACCUGUUACACACAUACUGGUGAUUAGUAACAGAAGCAGCAGAGGAAUCAGUCUAGACUGCUUGUUCUCCAACACACCUGUCUUGGAGGUCAGCUUCACCCCUCAAGUCCUUUCUCCUGGUGGCUCCGUGGAGGUUCUCUUCUCAUUCUACCCACGCAAAGCAAUUUGUUACCGUGAGAAGGUGGUUUUUGAGAUGAACAUGUGUGCCAAACAAGUGGUGGAGAUCCUGGGACAGGGCGUUGAGAUGAAGAUUAAUUUGGAGGACUCAGCUCAUAAGGUGGUUAAUUUUGGAGCUCUGCAGGCUGGCCAGCAAAGUCGGAAAUUGAUCCCUCUGGUGAACAACAGCCACGCUUCCCUGACUUUUAGUCUUCGCAGACACUCUGAUAACCUUCUUCAGGACUCUAUGAUCUUGUCAGUGCGUCCAGAAGGGGAGGUGACACUAAAAGAGGGGGGUGGCCGCUGUGUGGUGGAGCUUCUCUUUUCUCCUGAACAGCGCAUGCCUCCUUUCACUGAGGAGCUGCUGCUGGAGUAUUUAGGUGCUGUUCGCCCCCUGCUGGUCAUGAAGGGAUGUUGUCAGGGAGUGGAGGUCAGACUGGACACAGACUACCUGCAGUUUGGAGUUGUGGUCCAGCGCUGCCAAGCCACCCGUCGCAUUAUAAUGCAGAACACAGGAGACAUUGGUGCAAGAUUCAAAUGGGAUGUAAAGAGUUUUGCUCCAGAUUUCAUCAUUUUCCCUGCUGAGGGCUACAUCACUCCAGGAAUGGAAGUAUCCCUUGAAGUGACCUUUGCCCCUACCGAGCUGAGUCAAGAUCUGCGCUAUGAUGAUCUCUGCUGUACUAUAGAGGGGGGCAAACCAUUAAAACUCACCCUCACUGGCUCCUGCAUUGUCCCUACAGUUGCAACAGAGGUGGUGAAUUUCGUGUGUCAGGUGCGCAGUCAGUGUACUCAGUCUCUGGCUCUACCCAACCGCAUUAACCAGCCCUGGACUCUGAUAUGUGUCAUAGAGGGAGAGCACUGGAGCGGGCUGCCCACUCUCCUCAUUGAGCCCCUGCAGCAGAACACCUAUGAGAUCACAUACAAGCCACUGGUCAUGACUGCAGACGGGGAAAGGCAUGAGGGCUCCGUUUUCUUCUCUUUUCCUGAUGGCAGUGGAAUACUGUACAUAUUGCAUGGCACAUCUGAGCCACCGAAGGCUGAAGGCACAAUAACUGAAGAGAUCAAAUGCAAAAGCCACCACACACAGACAGUAUCUGUCCACAACUGGCUGCCCAGACCUCAGAGGUUGCGUGCUGUGAUGGAGCUCAUCAAACCAGAUCGUUCAGAUGGCAUUGUUUCCCUGAAGGGCCCGGAAUACAUUGAUGUGCCUGCACUGGAUACGAAGAAUUACACACUCUCCUUCUUUACUUAUAAAGAGGGCCAGUACAAUGCUAAAGUGACUUUCAAGAACGAGAAAACGGGCGAGUACCUCUUCUAUAAUCUCAACUUCAAAGCAAUGGCUCCAGGAGUGAUCAGCACUAUAGAAAUGGCGACCCGGGUGAGGCAGAUGACGUCAGGGUCUGUGGAGGUGGAGAACCCACUUCUUGUGGAUGUGUCGUUCUCUGCAGAGUGCCAGAAUGCAGACAUCUGCGUUCCUCCACAGUUCCUGGUGCCUGCUCAGUCUAAGGUUACAUUGACAUUUGAAUAUCAGCCUCUGUGUGAGGGAGAGUCCACAGCCCGGCUGGUGAUGUACGCUACUGAACUCGGACACUUCUUUUAUGAGCUUCAACUGAAGGCCCUGCCUGCACCCUUUGAGAAGCCUCUAUAUUUCAGAGCACCACUUGGCAGCAAACACAGUUUCAUAGCUAAGUUCACCAACUUUUCUCGUGUCAAGACCGAAUAUAUAUGCAAGACGGACAACCCAAACUUCACUGUGGAAAAGAAUGUUAAAGCAGCAGCGGGGAACCAAACUGGCACAGAUAUCAGUGUGACGGUGCAUUUCGAACCUUGCCAGGUGGGAGACAUCCAAAGCCUGCUCACCAUCUCCUCAGACUUUGGAGGGGAGUAUGUCUUCCCUCUGUAUGGCACCUGCACCCCACCUAAAGCUCAGGGUCCCCUCAUCAUCAGCUCAGGUUCCAGUGUCUCGAUUUCCUUUAAAAAUAUCUUUCAACAGGCCACCACCUUCUCCUUCCAGGUGGACAACCCUGCCUUCACUGUCAAGGGUGCUGAGACUAUUUUACCUCAAAAAACGCAGCACAUACAGGUUAUAUUUGACAGCCCUCCAACGGGCUCCAGAGGCCCAUGUCAUGGAAAGCUGACAAUUUCUUGUCCACGUAUGGAGGGGCAUGGACAGGGCAUCUUCUGGGUUUACUACUUGAAAGGUUACUGUCCAGAGCUUCCUUCAGAGAAAAGAACAUCAUGAAGAAAGAACCAUGCUGUUCUUUGGAUAAAAUAAUUCAUGGUAGUGGUUAAAAACAGAUAAAAUUGAAUUGAAUAUUGUUUUGCUUUUUUAAAUACAGUAAGAUUU